CUCCAAAACGCUCCCAUCUUGGAUUCCCACUGCAAUAAGAGGCAACUUGCGAUGUGGAAUAGAGGACCCUCCGUCGAUAACAGCCGAAUGAGCGGAGCGUCACUCAUUGAACGGUUCAUUGCAAUUUUCAUUACCCCGCUUGUCUGCCAGACCGCUAUUUCAACCACAAGGAGAACAUUCGGAGUCCCCACUCCAGCGCUCGCGCAGCCGGAGAUGCUGGCUUCCGCCGUUCGCAAGACAUUUUCUGCUUUAAUCUCUCGAGGCUGAUUCUUGUUCGGCGCUCUGAUGGGCGUUUAUUUUAUUAUUUUUUCCUUUGGAUUCUUAUCCGGAUUUUUCCCCGAAAGCACUAAAUGAAGAGGAUAAAUCUGCGCUGGAAAUCACCGCCCAUGUGGCCGUCCGGAGUGGGUAACAGGCUGCCUUGUCCCCGGGAAUCUGCGCUCCGCAGGGCGGCCCUCAGUGGAAACGUCCUCGCGCUCCCCCCGUACCACGUACCCACUGGCAGAAGCGUCCGGGUGUUCAUCAGCGCCAACCCCGACGACACAGAGGCGGAGAGGAACGCUCUGAAGGAACACGUGUAUCCGAAACUACGGGACUUCUGCCGGGAGAACUAUGGGAUUGAAUUUCAGGUGGUGGAUCUGUACUGGGGGAUCGACUCAGAGGAGUGGGACAGCCCGGACCUGCAGCGCAUGAGGAUGAAGCUCCUGGAGGAGUGCCUGAAGACCUCCGCAGGUCCAUGUUUUGUUGGACUUGUUGGGGAGAAGUACGGAAGCAUCCGGAUCCCGGGGGAAGUGGAGUCGGCGGAGUUCGAGAUGAUCCUGGACGCCGCCGUGGAGGCGGGCCUGGACACCCGGAUCCUGGAGGAGUGGUAUUGCCGGGACGAGAACGCCGUGCCGCCCGCGUACUACCUCAAACCCAAAUCCCAGAUGCUGAAGAACUACCACAACUCAAUGGAGUCCAGCAACACCAAGUCCAAGAGUGACACUUCGUGGAGGAACGUUUCCGAGGAGAUAAAGAAGAUCUUCAGGACUUCCGUGCUGCAGCUACAGGAGAAAGGCACCAUGAAACCCGGCCAAGCCAAGAAGUUUCUCUGCUCUGCCCUGGAGGACGAGCUGGACUUUGCCUUGGGCAAGCAGACCCCCGCCUUCCUGAAGAAGUGCGUGUGCUACAUCCGGAAGAUCUCCAACUUCGACCGGCACGCCAAGCUCCCGGAGAUGGGCCGCUACAUGGACAUCGUGGUGAACGGCGACCGCGUCAUGCGUAACCAGGAGGCCUAUGAGCGCUUGCUGAAGAUCCGCGACGAGUUCAUUCCCACCAUUGUGGCCACCUCCAACCUGCGCGUGUACUCCUCCGUCACCCACUGCGACAUGAAGCUGGGCUACUCCCAGGAGGUGGAGAGCCACUACGUGGAGGGCCUCUGCAAGCAGUUCUACGAGGACAUGGUGGACAUCAUACAAGCCACCGUCCAGCAGAACUUUGACACCGAGGCCGACCCGCUCUACGACGACAUCCUGCAACACCUGUCCCUGUGCAAGACCUACUCCAACUUCUACCAGUACAAGUGUGAGACCCUUAGCCAGGUACACAGGUACAUCCUCCCGAGCAAAGGAGGGAGGAUGAGCCCCCUGGUGGUGUAUGGAGGACCUUGCACAGGGAAGACCCUCCUGCUCGCUGAGGUGGCCAAGCAGGCCUAUUCUUGGCUCCAAAAAGAAUUGGGACCAGAGGCAGACCCAGUGGUCAUCGUCCGGUUCAUGGGCACAACAGAAUUCUCGACCGACCUGCGCACUUUACUGCAGAGCAUCUGUGAGCAGAUCGCCAUCAACUACCGCUGCCUCAUCCACUUCCUGCCGCACAAAAUCGAGGAGAUGAGGGAGCUCCUGGUCAACCUUCUGGGGGAGUCGUCCUUCCAGCGACCCCUGGUCAUCAUCCUGGACGCCCUGGAGCAGCUGUCUGAGGCCGACGAGGCACGCAAGCUGUGGUGGCUCCCGGCCCACCUCCCGCGCUCGGUGCGCAUCGUGGUCUCCACCCUGCCCAACAAGCACGGGAUCUUGCAGAAGCUCAGGUGCCUGGUGCACGAGGAGAGCCGCUACGUGGAGCUGACGCAGCGGGACCGGAAGCUGUGCAGCCAGACGCUCAAGCACCAGCUCCUGGGCGUCAAGCGCAAGGUGACGUCGGGCCAGCAGAUCUACGUCAACGAGGCGCUGGCCAAGUGCACCCUGCCCAUGUUUGUCAACCUGAUCUACAGGGAGGUGCUGCACUGGAGAUCGCACAAGGACGUGGACGACACGUCUCUGUGCUCCACGGUGCACGAAAGCAUUGAGCAGCUCUUCUUCUCCAUCGAGAAUAAGCUGGGGUCCAGGUUUGUGUUCAGGGCGCUGGGGUACAUCACCAUGGCCCGGGCCGGACUGACGGAGAUGGAGCUGGAGGACAUCCUGUCUUUGGACAACAGCGUCCUGAGUGACAUCUUGGUGGGCUCCAACUUCAAGAACCCACUGCGGAUCUCCUAUGACCUCAUCGCCCAGCUCAAGGAGGAACUGGAAGGGUACCUGGUGGAGAGGCAGGUGCGGAAUGUGACGCUUAUGGUGUGGGCUAACCGGCACCUGCACCUCAUUGCCCAGAAGCUGUAUCUGAGCAAUGAGGAGGAUGUUCAUCAGAUGCACAGCCUUCUGGCCGAGUACUUCCUGGGGGCUUGGGCUGGCGGGAGAAAGAAAAUAUUUCACUGCGACAACAAUCACUUUGCCUCCCUCACCAUCUCCCACCACAGGAACCCUCACCAGCAUCACGGCAGCGACAAGGCAAACACCGAGAAACACUCCUACGACCGGCAAACGCCGGAGCAGCCCUGGGUGUUCCAGUGUAACCUGCUGGAGCCCGACAUCUUUUUUGUCAACCACAGGAAGAUGACGGAGCUGCUCUACCAUUUGACGCGGAGUGGACGAACAGACGACCUCAUGUAUGGUGUCAUCAUGAACUUCAGCUGGCUAUACACCAUGAUCAAGAUCGGGCAGUUCGAUAAGGCGCUGUCGGACAUCGACCUGGCCUACAGUUACUCACAGGAGAAGGAGAUCAAAUUCUUGGCUGCCACCUUGCGUAGCAUCAAGGUGAAGGUCACCCGAAACCCAGCGUCGUUAUCCGCCGAGCUCCAACAGAGACUCCUCCCAGUUGUCACCUCCUUGCCCAAGCUUCGUCACCUUCUGCUGGAGUGUGACAAGGACGGACCCAAGUACUGUUCCAUUGUGCCCCUCCACUCAGCUAUGGAUGUGACCUACAGCCCAGAGAGGUUGCCCCUGUGCUCCAGCUACAUGCAGAUCGUGGAGAUCCUCCCCACAUUUGCCCCCAACAUUAUCAUUGUGGCUCUGGAGGAUGGCACCGUAAGCACCUGGGACGUGGAGAGCCGGCAGCUUCUGAGGCAGAUUGACACAGCACGCUCAGUGGUCCUGGGUAUCCGCCUCACCAGUGACGAAAAGUACCUUGUGGUGGCCACCACCAAGAAUACGCUCCUUAUCUAUGACAACCACAAGUCCUGUCUGCUGUCAGAGGUGGAGGUCAAGGGCUCUAAGCAAUGUGGCAUCACAGGAGGGGUGGCCUUCAUCAAUGGCUUCACCCUCUCCAGCCACCACGCCCUGGCCUGGCUGGAGGCCAGCAAGGACGUCAAUGUCAUUGACCUGCUCUACGGCUGGCCGCUCUACCAGUUCCACUGCUGGUACGAGGUCACCUGCGUUCAGUGCUCACCAGACGGGAUGUACGCCUUCUGUGGGCAGUACCUCAACACCACAUCCAUCUUCCAUCUAGGCAGUGGGGACAAGCUGGCCACCGUCACGUCUGAGUUCUCAGGUGGCUUUGUGAAGUCUCUCCUGGUCCUGGACACCAUCCAUCAGAUGGUGAUGAUCGACAACGAGGGAAGCCUGUCGGUGUGGAACACCAAGGAGAUCACCAACCCCAAGCUCAUGGAGGACUAUGACUGCAGGGGAGACGACAGUGAAGUGAUUGCCAUCGAACUGUCAGAGGACCAGCGUUCCAUCCUCAUCUGCAAGGCUAGGAGCAUCGAGGUCCUGGACACCAGGCUCUGGAAGAUGGUGGAGAAGUUCAAGGCCAAGCGCAGCGAGCGAUUUGUCGCCGCUGUCCUCUCCAAAAACGGCCAGAGCAUUGUGGCAUCCAUGGAAAACACCUCGUCCAUUUUUGUGUGGCGCAGAGACAGUGGUCAGUGCAUGGCCAGCCUGGUGGAGAUAUCUGGGGCCAUCGUGAAGCUGAUUAAGUCCACCCAUCACAACCUGCUUCUGUCAGUCGCCAGCAGCGGGGUGCUCUCUGUCUGGGACAUAGACAUCAUCACCGCCAUGUCGAACAUUGACAAGACCGGGAAGCGGAUCCACAGCCUGCAGCUGUCCGGGAGGGAGGAUUUUGUCUUUACCAUGGAUGGCUCAGAAUCUGUGCACAAAUGGAACUUCAGCACGGGCUUCAUUGAGACUGUGUUCAAGCAUGAGGGUAUUGUAGAGAACUGUGUCCUCACAUCCUCUGGGGACCUUAUGGUGACAUCAGAUGACAAGUGCAGCCAGUAUAUCUGGCAGACGACUACGGGAGAGAACAUCUUCCGCAUCAACGGGCAGAAGAUCUCCCAGCUCCUGAUCACCCACAACGAUCAGUUUGUGGUCUCCCUCUGUGAGCAGAAUGCCUCCAGGGUCUGGAGACUGGCUACUGGCCACAAAGUCUGCAACAUCCUGGUAGCCCUGCAGAAUGCUUUGAUCACCACCGCCAACACGUUCCUGGUUGGGACGACAAAGAACAAGUUGUUAGCCGUGAGCCUGUGGUCGGGCAGUGUGUCGAAGAAGUUCAUCUGCGAUGAAGGCAUCACUAUCGUCAACUUCAAGCUCAUCCCGGACUGCCCCGACUUUGUCGUCUUCAUCACCUCCACUGAGACGGUGUUCAUCUGGAGCGUAGCCGACGAGUCCAUCUGCCGGAGGGUGCAGCUGCCCAGCAACUUCCUGAAAAAUUUGGAGGACUUCCAGAUCUCCCCUAAUGGCAAGCUGGGCAUUGUCUCAAAGGGGGACGAGAACAUCAAUGUCCUGGACCUGCACAGUGGGAAGCUCCGGAUUGUUCAUGCUGCGGGAAUCAUCUGGCGGCAGAAGCUUUCACGGGACGGCCGCUACCUGGUCUACAUCUGCUUCCGGAACUGUGAGGAGGAUGAUGAUGCUGGGGUGGUGUCCAGCCUCAUUGUCAUGAGACUGGCUGAUGGGAAGAGCAUUGGCACCUGCUCCCUCUACAAGACACCCACCUUCCUCUGCUUGUCCCAGAGAGCACUCAACAUCAUCAUCGGCUUCGAAGAUGGCAGCAUCGGCACGUACACGGUGGUGGACCGCGUGGAUGCAGCGCUGAAAAUCAAGAUCGCCACCUCCAACAGCCGGCAGAUCGUCAACAACGCCUCCCAGAAGGUCAGGCCCAAGUGUGGCACCUUUGCCUUCAAGACCAUUGCCGACUGCGUCUGGAGGGAGUCUACGGAGGUCUUCUCUAGGGACAGCCCCAUAAAUGUGUCCGAUUCAGGCGAGGCGGAGACCACGACGCCAACAAAAAAGAAUGAAUUGCUGCAGUAAGGGGUUUGGCAGCCCACUUCCUGUUUACAACUUCCUGUAUGACACAAUUGCUAAUGAGCAUGAUGCUGCUGCUGCUGAUGAUGAUGAUCUUGCACUGACUGGAGCUGCAGUCAAUUUUAUCAACUCAUGACUGUUUAUCAGUGGGAUGUGUAACAAUGAGUUCCCCUAUUAAGUGCGCUUUGUUGCCUUUGGCAGUUGAAGAACUUGUCAUUUAAUGGUAAAGAUUUUUCAGUGUUGUGUUCAGUCAACCAUUAUAAUGACGAUAUAAUGUCCUUGACCACU